GAGACCUCCUUGUGGGGACGUGCCUUGAAGAGAUGGGGACACUCUGGCUGGGACUGCUGGUUCUCCUGGUGCCCAGCCAGCUCCACAGCCUUCCCCUGCUGAAUACAGAGCGGCCUGGCCCACCUGCCCCAUCGCAGGACGAGGUGAUGUUUGCAAAGAGAUACUUAGAGAAGUUCUAUGGCUACGGGCCGUCCCGGUCGGACCGGCAGAGGAGGGGGGCAGUCAGCCCCGCCACGGCUGAUGACCGGCUCUGCGCGGCGGUGAAGCAGAUGCAGCGGUACUUCGGCCUUCCCGACAACGGCCGGCUGACGCCCGACACGCUGGCGCUCAUGCGGAAGCCUCGGUGUGGCUUGUCCGACGUGGAGCCCUUCCACAACACGUGGCGCUGGAAGAGGAGUACGCUGAGCUACAGAAUCUCUAGCUACGGCCCGACUGCCAGCGUCUCCGCUAAAGUCCACCGAGCCUUCCGGAGGGCGUGGAGGUUGUGGGCGGAGGUGACACCCGUCCGCGUCCGAAGGAGGAGCCGGAGGGAUGCUGACAUCGUCAUCUCCUUCCACCACGGAGGCGAGGGCCCCUGUGGCUUCCACAGAUACCAAAGAAGAUCUAAGGCGCUGAUUAUGGUUUCAUGUCGACCACGCAAACUCUUCGACGCAGUCCUGAACCUGUUUUGGUUCUGCGUCCUUUGCAUUCGUUGUCAAUAUCUGUUUUCAUGUGCUGUUCCCACAGAUCAUCAGGAUGGUUCUCCGUUCGAUGGCAAGGGGGGAGCCUUGGCUCACGCCUUCCUGCCUGGCGAUGACCUUGGUGGGGAUGUUCACUUUGAUGAAGAGGAGGACUGGAGCUUCAACUCCACAGGCUUCAACCUCUUUGCGGUGGCAGUGCAUGAGUUUGGCCACGCCCUGGGCCUGCCUCACGCCAUGGACCCCGGGGCGGUGAUGUACCCGACGUACAGCUUCCUGCCGGACUUACGGCUAGCCCACCAUGAUGUCCAGGCGGCCCAGCGCAUGUACGGCAUCAAUCCGAAGUAUGCUUCCCUCUUCUACAAGAGGCCCCCUCCUCGGACACCUGACAAGUGUGACCCAAAUUUGUCGUUUGAUGCGGUCACAGAACUCCAGCAGGAGAUCGUGUUUUUCAAAGACAGAUUCAUGUGGCGUAAGUAUCCGACAUCUGAUGAGAUCGGGAUCAGUCUGAUCCGUGGCUUGUGGCCCGAUGCUGUACCACAUAACAUGGACGCCGCCUAUGAGAAUGUGGAGAUGAACCAACUCUUGUUUUUCAAAGGUAGUCAGUACUGGGCGAUCAGACAGUUAAAUCUGAUGGCAGGGUUCCCCAGCAACAUCUCAGACCUGGGCUUCCCUCCCAGAGUGCAGGCUGUAGACGCUGCCCUUCACUUCCGCUUCGCACACCUCACCGUCUUCUUCACUGGCACUGAGUGCUGGAGGUACGACGAGCAGCAGAAGACAAUGGAGGAGGGGUCCCCAGCGCCAAUAGACCAGCAAUGGCCGGGCGUUCCCUCUCACCUCGAUGCAGCUAUUUUUUAUAAGGGUUUCGUAUACUUCUUCAAAGGAGGUUUCCAGUACAAGUACGACCCUGAGGUGAAAUAUGUCAUCUCCAGAAGGCCGGCUGAAUGCCUGCCUGCGGUGCUCCCAACUCACAACUUAAGUCCUUCACGGCAAAACAGCAUGCGCUCUUUGAACCUGUGCAUCUUCCUGAGCUUGACAGCGGCAGUGGUUUACUCCCUGCCCCUAGACAGAGAACAACCGCCACAACAAAUCACCCAUAAAGAUGAAGAAUUUGCAGAGAUCUACCUCAAGAGCUUCUUCAACCUCACCAAAUCUUUUGGUCGCCAGGGGGUCAACCCCAUGGUCGAGAAGCUCAGGGACAUGCAGCGCUUCUUUGGCCUGAAUAUCACUGGCUCAGUGGACGCUGACACCAUGCAGAUGAUGAAGAAGGCCCGCUGCGGGGUCCCCGACACCCAAGUUGCCAGCUUCUCCACUUUCGCGGGGAACCUUAAGUGGCAAACAACGGCCCUCACCUACAGGAUUCUGAACUACACUCCGGACAUGACCCGGGCAGAGGUAGACGAUUCUGUGGAAAAAGCGUUGAAUGUUUGGGCCAGGGUCACUCCCCUGACGUUUCGAAGGAUGGAGCGCGGUACCGCUGACAUCAUGAUCUCCUUCGCGAGCCGAUCGCAUGGUGAUGACUACCCCUUCGACGGCCCCCAGGGCACCCUCGCCCACGCCUUCGCCCCGUCCACGGGGAUCGGCGGCGACGCCCACUUUGAUGAAGACGAGGAUUUCACCUACCGUUCAACAAGUGGUUAUGUUCUUUUCCUGGUUGCGGCCCAUGAGUUUGGACAUUCCCUGGGCUUGGGCCACUCCAGGGACCCCGGUGCGCUCAUGUACCCAAAUUACAUCUACAAGAACCCCGACACGUUUCAGCUGCCCCGUGACGAUGUCAACGGAAUCCAGUCCCUCUAUGAUCCUAACGGCAACGUGACCCCAAAUAAACCCACACCACCCACAACCCCCAACUCCUGCGACGCAACCAUGGUCCUCGACGCUGUGAGCACCCUGAGGGGCGAGAUGCUCUUCUUCAAGGGCAGUUUCUUCUGGCGUAAGCACCCCCAGAACCGCAGGGCCCAGCAGUCCCUCAUCUCCAGCUUCUGGCCCAACGCCCCCGAAAAAGUCGAUGCUGCUUUCGAGAGCCACCAGACUGACCAGGUCUAUCUUUUCAAAGGUCGUCAAGUCUGGGCCUUCUCCGGGUAUGAUCUGGUGAGCGGCUUUCCCAGGAAUAUCGAUUAUUUCGGUCUGCCUAGGAACGUAAACAAAAUCAAUGCUGCCUUGUAUAAUACCGAUACGCGCAGGACCCUGUUCUUUGUGGGCGACCAGUACUAUAGUUAUGAUGAGGCAAGACGAACGAUGGACGCAGGAUUCCCCAAGUCAAUCGAAACCCUCCUCCCAGGACACACCAGCAAGGUGACGGCUGGAUUCCAGUACAGAGGUUUCACCUACAUUUACAGCGGGUCCAACAUGCUUGAGUGCAGCCUGAGGACCGGAAGGCUGUUCCGUGUCCUGAAAAACGAUUACUUCCUGCCAUGCGCUAAAUGCCUGCCUGCGGUGCUCCCAACUCACAACUUAAGUCCUUCACGGCAAAACAACAUGCGCUCUUUGAACCUGUGCAUCUUCCUGAGCUUGACGGCGGCAGUGGUUUACUCCCUGCCCCUAGACAGAGAACAACCGCCACAACAAAUCACCCAUAAAGAUGAAGAAUUUGCAGAGAGCUACCUCAAGAGCUUCUUCAACCUCACCAAAGAGCAUACGACGUCUUUUGGUCGCCGGGGGGUCAACCCCAUGGUCGAGAAGCUCAGGGACAUGCAGCGCUUCUUUGGCCUGAGUAUCACUGGCACUGUGGACGCUGACACCAUGCAGAUGAUGAAGAAGGCCCGCUGCGGGGUCCCCGACACCCAAGUCGCCCGCUUCUCUACUUUCGGGGGGGACCAAAAGUGGCGAACAACGGCCCUCACCUACAGGAUUCUGAACUACACUCCGGACAUGACCCGGGCAGAGGUAGACGAGUCCGUGGAAAAAGCGUUGAAUGUGUGGGCCAGGGUCACUCCCCUGACGUUUCGAAGGAUCGAGCGUGGUACCGCUGACAUCAUGAUCUCUUUUGGGAGAGGAUCGCAUGGUGAUUACUACCCCUUCGACGGCCCCCAGGGCACCCUCGCCCACGCCUUCGCCCCGUCCACGGGGAUCGGCGGCGACGCCCACUUUGAUGAAGACGAGGAUUUCACCUACCGCUCAACAAGAGGUUAUGUUCUUUUCCUGGUUGCGGCCCAUGAGUUUGGACAUUCCCUGGGCUUGGGCCACUCCAGGGACCCCGGUGCGCUCAUGUACCCAAAUUACAUCUACAAGAACCCCGACACGUUUCAGCUGCCCCGUGACGAUGUCAACGGAAUCCAGUCCCUCUAUGGUCAGUGGAAGGAUUACCAUCCAGGUCCUAACGUGACCCCAAUUGAAACCACACCACCCACAACCCCCAACUCCUGCGACGCAACCAUGGUCCUCGACGCUGUGAGCACCCUGAGGGGCGAGAUGCUCUUCUUCAAGGGCAGUUUCUUCUGGCGUAAGCACCUCCAGAACCGCAGGGCCCAGCAGUCCCUCAUCUCCAGCUUCUGGCCCAACGCCCCCGAAAAGGUCGAUGCUGCUUUCGAGAGCCGCCAGACUGACCGAGUCUAUCUAUUCCAAGGUCGUCAGGUCUGGGCCUUCUCCGGGUAUGAUCUGGUGAGCGGCUUUCCUAGGAAUAUCGACUAUUUCGGUCUGCCUAGGAACGUAAACAAAAUCAAUGCUGCCUUGUACGAUACCCAUACGCGCAGGACCUUGUUCUUUGUGGGCGACCAGUACUAUAGUUAUGAUGAGGCAAGACGAACGAUGGACGCAGGAUUCCCCAAGUCAAUAGAAACCCUCCUCCCAGGACACACCAGCAAGGUGACGGCUGGAUUCCAGUACAGAGGUUACACCUACAUUUACAGCGGGUCCAACAUGCUUGAGUACAGCCUGAGGACCGGAAGGCUGUUCCGUGUCCUGAAAAACAAUUACUUCCUGCCAUGCGCUAACUAGAAGAAUCUGACCUCAUAUUGUGUUUUAACAACCAAUGGCAGUCGCAGUGAACAAACCAGUGUACAUUUCUUAGUAAUAUAUUUUACAAAGAUCUAUUCAUUUUGUAGCAGAUGUUUGUAGGCCUACAUAUGUUUUUUUAUUCAUUAAAACAUUUAUUUUUUAAUAAACAUGAUUUUUCAAUCCUAAUUUAUUUGUACUAUGUUUCGACAAAAGAUUAAUUUAAACAAUAAAGACAUUUGAAUGUAAAAA